UAUGCCUCCGACAAGCGUCAUUCCAGCGUCCUAGAGGGCAAAUCAGGCGGUGCUAUCGUGCCAGCAAAGCCAACUGCUGGACUCCGGCCUUCCAGUGGCCUUCUUCGGCGUACUGGUUUCGAUGCCAGUAGCAGCAGUAGCAGCAGCAGUAAUCCGGAGAAAUCGGUGCCUCAGGCCCCAAGCCGUCCCAAGAGCAUGUCCCUGUUGGCGGCCUUUGGUAUGCUCCAGUUCACCUCCUCGGCUUCCGCCGCCGCCGCUGCUGCUG